AUGCGAUCACCGGACUCGUGGCUUUCUCUUAAGCCCCGGAAGACCGCGUGGGUGGCGCUGGCCGCCAUUUGCCUGGCCUGCACUCUCUUGCUGCUCUUUCAUCAGUAUGAGGACAUCCCACUGUCCUCAUCCUCAAACCUACCAGCCACCAAAGUCCUGGAAACUCAGACUAGUGGUGAUUUCAGAAACACGCCAACCACUCCAAGCAGCAGCAGCAGCAGCAGCAGUAGUGCCACCAAAUACAACCCCAGCAAUGCCGUGCAAGGCGAUCGCCGCUGUCAAGCCUUUGCUGACCCCGGCAACGUCGCCUUCGUGAUCAAAACCGGCGCUACUGAAGUCUACGAGAAACUCCCCACGCAGCUCCUUACCACACUCGGCUGCGUCCAAGACUUCCUCCUCUUCUCCGACCUUGAUGAGCAAAUUGGUCCCUACCGUCUUCGCGACACUCUCGCCGACUUCAACGAGACUCUCAAGGCCACGCUCCCUGAUUUCGAGCUAUACCGUCUGCAGCAUGAGUUCCGUCGUACAAACCAGGAUAUGGCGCCCCUAAAGGGCGAGCAUGCAUGGAAGCUCGAUAAAUACAAGUUCCUGCAUAUGGUGGAAAAGGCGUGGCUGGAGCGCCCGGGUCGCGAUUGGUACUUUUUCUUUGAGACGGAUACGUACAUUGUGUGGACUAAUCUGGUGCUUUGGCUGCAACGUAUUUCGCCGCCUACUGAGCCGCUAUAUCUGGGCUCUGUUGCGUACUUUAUGAAUGAUCCUUUUGCGCACGGUGGCUCCGGGAUUAUGAUUUCCGGUAAGCUCCUUGAGCAGUUCAUUGGUGGGGAGCCCGGGCUCGCCAAUAAGUACGACGAUGCUUUUACGUCAAACUGCUGCGGAGACUCUGUGCUCGCGAACACCAUCCGCGCGGAGCUGGACAUCCAAGUCCAGAAUAUGUUUCCUCAAAUCAACGGAGAGAAGCCGUCUACGCUCCCGUUCGGCCCGACGCACUGGUGCCAGCCCGUCGUGACAAUGCACCACCUCCACCCGCGGGAGCGAACGGCGAUCUUUGAUUUCGAGCAGGCUCGGCCGGACCUAACUCAACCACUAACCUUCGCCGAACUCUCCCACCUCUCUUUCCCCAACGCCACAAUGCUUGAGUUCGAAGAGGACUGGGACAACCUCUCGAAUAUCGGGAUUGAAUUCGCUGGCGCGCUCUCCCCCUCCCUGGAAGCCUGCCGUGACGCCUGCAAGGGCUUAAAGCAGUGCUUUCAAUGGCGGUAUGAUACAGAGGGGAAAUGCGAGGUGUCGACGCAGGCGUUCCGCAUCGGCGGGAAGAGAUGGCCGACCAAGGACGGGAAACGGGUUUUCUCGGGGUGGAACGUUGAUGUGAUAAGGCAAUGGAGAGAGGAGAAUCCUUGCCAUGGGGUUAAGUGGGUUGAUCCGAACCCCCCUAAUUCAUGAUCGUAAUUUAUUGGAGUUGGUGUGGUUGAUGCUGGCUGAUUGGGUUUUUUUUGGCACUCUUUGCUGCU